AUGGACGGCAUGAAGCGCAAGAUGAGUCUUGCCUUGGCUCAGAAACAACAAAUGAAAGCAUCCAAUUCCUCCUCGCCUUCUGACACGGUCAAGGUCGAAGAUGUCGCAGAGCCCUUCAUCCCUCUUUCGCAGACCGAGUCCAGUUCGGAUGAGUCGAUCAAUACUGGCACUCUUUCCACCGGUUCCUCUAGAACCAUUAAAGCUUCCUUUGACAUGACUCCUGGUUCCGUGAGAACUCCUUCCUACCCGUUCCCUCGCAUGACUUUGCGUCUCAAUAGAGGUACAAGUCAUCGCUCCGGUCCCUCACACAAGCCGUUCACUUUACUAUCGCCUACCAAUGAACCCCUUGGUACCGAUUCCACCACGAGCACUGCUCUAUCCCAGGCACAAGCAACUCCAUCUGAUGCAUCCACGCCAAUCGGACAGGCGCCAACGACUCAGAUGCUUCCUGACGACCCAAAUUUUCCCUCACCUGACCUGUACGAUCUGAUCCUAAUGCUCAAUGCCGAACCAGGCCUGGAUAUGUGGUGGGUCAACGUCACGGAGAUUCUGUCUGAAGCGUACGGCGCUGACAGAGCAUCUUUGGCAAUUCCCGGCGAUAUUACAGACCUCGAAAAUGUGCCCUGGGGUCAGAAAGCCACUUUCAACAUCUAUGGAAGUGACUCCAACCCUUCCCAAUUUGAUUCUCUUUCGUCAUCUGAACUGGAGGUUCACUCUAUAGGCGGACUGUCUGAAGCUGCCCGGGGACUCAACGAAUCCACGACUACGUCCGCUCGUCGACCGCCAUUGCUCUCCAGACAUUCCAUAGCAGGCCCUGUUCCAGAUUCACAAAUUCGUGGUACUCGACAGCGGCCUGCUGGGCCUGUACGCGCUUAUAGCACUCUCCCAAAGGAGCAAGGCGAGCCCUCUUCUGCAUCACUGCCGCUGAUGCCUCGACUGACAAAGCAAUCACCAACCCCUCGCUCCUUGUCCACCACCGAAACUGAGUCCUUACCGUUCGGCGUGACCUAUAACUCUUCCGGCUCAACUUCGUCCACAUUGCGGUGUCAUGUCCACCGUACCAUUCAGCCACUCGAGGCAGAGGCUGAUCCUUUCAUCGUACGGACUACCGUAUCUUCUCUUUUUGGUAAAAGAAAGCCCGUCGUUCUGACCAGAGCAUACUCGGAGCAAGCACCUCGGCCAUCAUCUGCGCUCAAAGAGAACCGAAGCGCACCACCCACACCGCUCUCUGAUCCUAAUGAUGAGCGUAAAGGACUUAGGGCGGAGGAUCCCUUGGUUUCGCGUACAUUUCAACCUAUCGACGAAUACGAGCAGCCCGAGCCUUCGCCUUGGUCGCAGAGUCCCUCGCCAUCUCCUGCCGCUCGUGCCGAUCCCGCCGAGUCUCCCUUUUUCGUGCAGAGAACCGCUCUGAUUGACGAGACAGCAUUCGAGCAAAAUCCUCCGACUUACGACUACGCUAGGUCAGCGAAUCAGUCCCUAAACGCAAUUGGGGCAGAAAUGUCAAAGACGCUGAUUCAUAUCCCCUUGAUCCAGCCCCUCUUGUCCAGAGGUGCAAUGGCUUCUAACUUGCGCUUUCCCAUAGCUAUUUUGUCAUUCUCAUCGACGCUGAAUCCGUACCCACUAAGCUUGCGACAUUCCCUGGAAGCAGUCCAACCGCACCUAGCCAGUUCAUAUUCGUUAGCACAGCAAUAUUCCAAUCUUCAUGACCGAAUCCGUGGAAGUACUGGAGAUCGACACGGUGGUGCAUUCGGCCUUGGUGGAACCUUUUCAGACGAAGGUUCAGAGCUCGAACUCGUGGCAGAAUUGAGUGGACAAAUCGCCCAGGACAAGGACAAAGGAAGAGGUUUCAGUUACCAAAGCAAUGCCAGCCCUGGCUCUUUCAAGGAAAGUCCUUCAAGCUCAGUGACAUCCACACCACUAGUUGAACACUAUGGCUUCAGCACUGGGCAUCCACCAACGCCAGGCAAGACUGGAUCUGAAAUGGUCGACAACUAUUUCGCAACCAGAAGGCAGAAGGCAGAACAACAGCAGCCACUGACACCGGGUACCCGUGCAGUCAAGGAAGAAGCAGACAACGCAAAGCGGUCGCAGGAAAAGUCAACUUCGAGCGCCAAAGCGUCGAAGAAAGGCACAACGCCGGGUAAAACUGCGACUGAGCCACAGAGCCCCUCCGCCAUGAGAACAGCCAGCAGCGCCUCGGAAAGUGAAAUCAGCGAUCAUUUGUGGCCCAGUUCCUCCAUAAACCGGAGGUUUCCACAGCGUCGAGACAGCAGGGAUGACAGUGAACGGCCUCUGCCUGAACUGAUUUCAUCUUUGAUGUUAAAUGCGGUACCCCUCCAAUUGUUUCUGGCUAAGCCUGGCACAGGAGAUCUCGUCUGGACGAAUCGUAAGUUUGAUGCGUUCAGAAGCCAAGGCGAUGGCCGUGUGAGAGAUCCCUGGAAGAAUGUGCACUCCGCGGAUAGAAACGGCUUGGUGCGAUUAUGGAAUGAUGCACUCAAGACUGGAAGCCAAUUCACUCACUAUAUUCGGGUGAAGCGUUUCAAUAGCGACAGCGACUUCCGAUGGUUCGUAUUUCGGGCUAGUACACUUCUGAGUCAUAAUGGUCGGCUAUUGUACUGGAUCGGCUCAUUUCUAGAUGUUCACGAGCAGUACAUCAAAAAUCUCGAGGCGAGCGAAAGGGAGGCUACGAUGGCACGUGACAAUAAAAUCCGAGCUUUGGCUGAUGCCAUCCCUCAAGUGUUGUUCGAAGCAGUCGAAGGAGAUGGCAUUGUGGCUGUCAAUCAACAAUGGCAUGCAUUUUCUGGACAAACGUUGGAUGAUGCCCGAGGAUUAGGAUUUGCCAAGCACGUUCAUCGUGAGGACCUUCACAAAUGCGGUGUUCUAUCUCCGAACGAUGUGGCAGCUAUAACAAGAUCUCUUUCUCCCCAGACAAGUUCGUCCAGCGAUUCGAAUAAGACUGCGUCGCCUUCUACACCCACACAUAUGACUCUGUUCGCGCCAGAUCAAAAUUUACUUGAUCACAUGAUCAAGCAGGACUCUGUUGCCGUGGAGAAAGAUGAGAAUGGUCGGCUCUCGUAUCUCACCGAAAUCCGGUUACGAUCCAAGCGUGGGGAGUAUCGUUGGUUUCUUGUCCGACUUGUCCGGGUCGAAACCGGAAAGAUGGAGACUACUAGCCGUGCCUCCUGGUAUGGCACGUGCACGGACAUUGAAACUCGCAAAACCCUCGAACGGGAACUGAAUCAAGCGAAUGAGAAAGUGCAUUCAGAGAUGGAGUCAAAGACGAAAUUUUUUGCCAAUAUGUCUCAUGAAAUCCGAACACCAUUGAACGGGAUUCUCGGAAGCAUGCCGUGGUUGGUCGAGUCCACGCUGGACCACGACCAGAGGCGGACAGUGGAUACUAUUCAAAAUAGUGCAAACAAUUUACGCGAGCUGGUCGAUAACAUUUUGGAUGUAACGAAGGUAGAAGCGGGCAAAAUGGCACUGGUGCCAAAAUGGUUUCAGGUCCGCACACUCUGCGAAGAAGUCAUCGACACAGUCUCGUCCCGUGCGAUAGAAAGAGGAUUGGAACUUAAUUAUUUGCUUGAACCCAAUGUUCCGGCAACAGUCAGGGGUGAUCCAUUCAGAGUACGACAAGUCCUACUCAAUCUCCUCGGAAAUUCAGUCAAAUUCACCGAGCAAGGUGAAGUCUACAUGCGAUGCUUCAUUCCAAAGACCGCACCGGUGAGUGCGACAGCAACCGUUGAACCGGCGAGCUUCAUAGCAUUUGAAGUAGUCGACACAGGUCGGGGGUUCAAUACUGCUGAUUUCGAGCGUCUUUUCAAGCAAUUCGGCCAGAUUGGUGGUGGGACCAACCACGAUGCUGGGUCUGGUCUGGGCCUUUUCCUCUCUAAGCAGCUGGUUGAAUUACAUGGCGGAGAUCUUACAGCGGAGAGCAAGGCCGGCGAAGGAUCAACUUUCAGCUUCUCCAUCAAAGUCGAGAUGGCUCACGCGGGAAGUGAGGUGACAUCGCCGGCGCCGGUUGGCAGGGGUAGCCAAGCUCGCAGUAGUCCCGCUCUAAACACCAGUCCACGUUCGCGGUCUGAUGGCAGAACGGCCACUUUGGGAUCACCUCAUACCACUGGGCAAUCUGACGGAAUUAUUCAAACACCAGGGCUUUCGAGAUACGUACCUUCAGCUUCGCCCGAGCACCAAUCUCCUGCACUGUCGCCUCCACCUUUGUCAUCCUCACCAUUGGUUUCACCUCCAGUCCUCCCCUCCGACAGUUCUGGUAUGUCAGCUAGGUCGAACUCGAUCAAUACCGUUGGACAGUCGUCUAUUUCUUCAUUGAUACCGACCCCCGAUUCCAUUGCUUCUCGAGGGUCCGCCCUCAACAUGAGUGAGAGACAUAUAAUGGCAGAGAAAUCGAUGAGCACAACCCCGAUCAUUCGACGAAGCCAGAGUGACACUCAGAGUGUCGCGAUCACGGCUGACAUGGCGCACCCACCGACUUACUCGAUUAUGAUCAUCUGCCCCGCAGCUCAUGCAAGAUUUGCCAUCAAGCAGCAUAUUGAACAUGUGGUGCCGUACCAGAUAGCUGCCAACGUAACGACUCAGCCAGACAUUGGAUCGUUUCUGGAACUGAUGAACGGGCCAGAAACUCCAGCAUUUACACACAUUGUUCUUGAUCUCCCUGCAACCUCGGACAUUAUGUUGUUCAUGAGACAGAUGGCUACCUAUACAGCUGCGGUAGCCCCUGCACUUGUGGUGGUUACAGAUCAUUACCAAAAGCGAGACAUACUUGAGGAUUUUACGGCGCUGACCGCUAGUGGGCGAAAAGCGUUCUUGAUACACAAACCGGUCAAGCCAUCGGUAUUUGCUAUGAUAUUCGACCCGGCACAGUUGAGAAAUCUGAGCAAAGACCGAGCGAGAGAAGUUGCACAAUCGAGUUCGGAUGAUUUCAAGCAGAUAGCCAAACUAGUCAAGGAUACAAUUGGCGAUCAGGAGUACCGAGUGUUGCUGGUGGAAGAUAGUGAUGUCAAUCGAAUGGUGAUUCAGCGAUAUUUGAAGAAGGUGGCACUCGCGAACGAGUCAGCCAAAAAUGGACAAGAAUGCGUGGACAUGGUGCAGAAAGGGGGUCAUGACUACUACUCGCUCAUUAUCUGCGACAUUCAGAUGCCGGUGAAGAACGGGUACGAGGCGUGCACAGAAAUCCGGGCUUGGGAGAGGUUACAUGGAUACAAACCCUGCCCGAUCAUGGCAUUGACAGCGAAUGCAAUGCCGGAAGAAAGGAUGGCAGCAGGGAACGCAGGAUUCACAGACUACCUCACCAAGCCGGUGGAUUUCAAUGUGUUGGGGACUAUGAUGAUGACACUAAUGGACCCGAGGGUGCCACACGUGUUCUUACGUGAUAGGCCUCCGGAGUCUUGA